UCUGCGGCGAGCUCCCGGCGGCGCGGGCGGGCGGGCGGUGGCCGGGCGCCCGGGCUCUGACUCCGGCGUGUCCCGAGGCUCGAGGCAGCUGCACCCCUGCCCUCCUGCCUCGCCAGCGUCGGUGACCGCCUCGGCGGCACUUUGACUCGAGCAGGGCAGCGCCCCCGGGACCGAGCAAGCUUCGCAGCAGGAUCAGACUCAGAAUUUUGGUGGCUGAAGCUACCUCUCCUGGGUUAACUCUGCACAUGAGAAAUCUGAGAUGAGAGACUGGAAACAGCAAAGUUAAGACAACACAGAAGAACAAAAUGGAAACGACGCUAGUUUGGUUGAUACUUUUCACCCUUGGGUGGACUCUCCUCGAUGGAUCUGAAAUGGAACGGGAUUUUAUGUGGCACUUGAGAAAAAUACCCCGGCUUGUCAGUGAGAGGACCUUCCAUCUCACCAGCCCCACCUUUGAAGCAGAGGGUAAGCUGGUGUUAAAUCAAGCGUGUGGCAUCGAAUGCCAGAAAGAACUCCCGGCUCCCAACCUUGCUGACCUGGAAGAGUCUCUCUCAUAUGAGACCGUCUUUGAGAACGGCACCCGCACCUUGACCAGAGUGAAAGUUCAAGGCUGGGUCCCCGAGCCACAUGAAAAUCUCACUGCACAGGGAGCACCUGUGAGGAGAAAGAGACAGGUGUACGGCACUGACAGCAGGUUCAGCAUCUUGGACAAGAGAUUCUUGACCAAUUUCCCUUUCAAUACGGCCGUGAAGCUCUCCACGGGCUGCAGUGGGAUCCUCAUCUCCCCCAACCACGUCCUAACAGCCGCCCAUUGUGUCCACGAUGGAAACGACUACAUCAAAGGCAGCAAGAAGCUCAGGGUAGGGCUGCUGAAGAUGAGAAAUAAAGGCAGCGGCAAGAAACACAGAAGUUCUAGGAGGAGCAGGAGGGAAGCAAGGGGCGGUGAUGGAAGAGAGGGUAGCAGAGAGAAUCCGAAGGAGAGAGGCAAGGCCGGAAGAAGGAGAAAGCAAUCUGCUCGGGGUCAGAGAGCUGCUGACGGGAUGCCCUCCUUCCAGUGGACCCGGGUCAAGAACACCCACAUCCCCAAAGGCUGGGCUAGGGGAGGGAGGGGAGACGCGGCCUUGGACUAUGACUACGCCCUUCUGGAGCUGAAGCGUGCUCACAGAAAGAAAUACAUGGAGCUGGGAAUCAGUCCCACCAUCAAGAAGCUGCCAGGCGGCAUGAUCCACUUCUCAGGAUUUGAUCACGACAGGGCCGAUCAGUUAGUCUACCGGUUUUGCAGUGUGUCCGAUGAAUCCAACGAUCUUCUCUAUCAAUACUGCGAUGCCGAGUCGGGCUCCACUGGCUCUGGGGUCUACCUGCGUCUGAAGGAUCCAGACAAAAAGCGAUGGAGACGCAAAAUCAUCGCGGUCUAUUCCGGCCACCAGUGGGUGGACAUAAACGGUGUUCAGAAGGACUACAACGUGGCCGUGCGCAUCACGCCCCUCAAGUACGCCCAGGUCUGCCUCUGGAUGCACGGGGAGGAUGCCAGGUGCACCUACGGCUAACGGAUACCCGAAACGAGGCUGCGGA